UAAAGACUUCUUUUUCUUGAUUCAAAAUUCCAAGAACCCAAAAAAGUUCAAAUACAAGAAACCCAAAAAAAUAAAAACCAAAGGGAAAGUACUCUUUAGGGAGAAAAAAAAAAAAACAGAGAGCUUUACAUCAUGAGAAGUAGCAACCAUUUAAUAGGUCUAGUGAAUUUCUUCACAUUUCUUGCAUCAAUACCAAUCUUGGGUGGUGGAAUAUGGCUAAGUAGCAGAGCAAACAACACAGACUGCUUGAAAUUCCUUCAAUGGCCCUUAAUAGUUAUUGGGGUUUCAAUUAUGGUUGUUUCUUUAGCUGGUUUUGCUGGUGCUUGUUAUAGGAACACUUUCCUUAUGUACCUUUACCUUUGGGCUAUGUUCUUUAUCAUUGCUGCUUUAAUAGGCUUCGUUAUCUUUGCUUAUGCUGUCACUGAUAAAGGGUCGGGUCGACCCGUUAUGAACCGGGUCUACUUGGAGUACCACUUGCAAGAUUACUCUGGGUGGCUCGCAGAAAGGGUAACAAGUCAGAGUUAUUGGUCAAAAAUCAGUUCUUGUAUUAGGGAUUCUCAUGUUUGUGGUAAGAUGAGAAGGACUUAUAAUAAUGGAAUUCCAGAGACUGUUCAGAUGUUUAAUGCUAGAAAGCUUAGUCCUCUUGAGUCUGGUUGCUGCAAACCCCCUACAGAAUGUGGCUACACUUACCUGAACGAGACAGUGUGGAACACAGGAACAGGGAUUGUAGGAAGUGACCCUGAUUGUGCUAGAUGGAGCAGUUAUCAAGGGCAGCUCUGCUAUAGCUGCAACUCUUGCAAAGCUGGUGUUCUGGCUAGUCUGAAAAAGAGUUGGAGGAAAGUGUCUGUCAUCAACAUUGUCAUAUUGGUCAUUCUUGUGAUUAUGUAUAUGGUUGCAAUAGCAGCCUUUAGGCACAACAAAAAGAACGAUAACGAUGAGCCUUAUGGAGAAACCAGGAUGGAGAAAUCUCGACCUAGCAGGUUACACUUUUAAGAGCUUCCCCAUGAUAAGACAGUAAAGCUUGAAAUGUCAUUUCUAUCUUAUUAGAACAAUAUGCCCCCUCCCCCCAAAGAAAAUUGACUAUAAAUCUUGUAUGAGUUGUUCUGUUUAUUUUUUAAUUAAUUGUCCAAAUCUUUUUAUGCC